AUGGACAAACCACACCACCACCGCCCCGACCGCACCCGGGGCCGCGACAGAGGGCACACCCGCUCCCGCUCCAAGUCCCCCUCCCACAGCCACCGGCGCUCCCACCGCCACCCCCGUUCCCGCUCCCGCUCCCCCACGCACCACUCCCGCCGUCACCACACCCGCUCGCGCUCCCCCCGGCGCCGCAAACGCACGCGCACCCCCUCGCCCUCCCCCGCACCCGCCGCACCCGCCGCACAGGCACCGCUCCCGUUCAACGCGCCCCCGCUCACCAAGCACGGCCUGGGCGCGGCGCACGUGCGCGCAAUCUUCAGCGACUACCUGGACAUCCAGAAGGGGCUGUAUCUCGACAGCCUGUCGACGCGCGAGCUGAAGGGACGUAAUCGUGGAGAGCUCGCGCGGGGGUGGUAUGAGCGCGCCGUGAAGGAGUCUUCUAGUACCGCCGCCAAUCCUCCCUCCACCACCAACCCAACCAGCACCACCGGCACACCCAGCGGGGACGCAAAGCGCAAACCCCGCCACCCAACCCCACCCCCGCCCGAAGAGGCCGACACCAGCGAAGACGAGAUCGUCGGCCCCUUCCUACCGGGCCAGGAGCCGCACAAGCGCCGCAAGCUCGGCGCCGCACGACCAACGUUUGAGGAUCUGGAGAUGCAGAAAGAGCAAACCGCCGCCGCCACCGCCCUCGCCCACGCCGACGUGCGCCACGAGCGCAAAGCCGAGCGCCGCGCCCAAACCGCGCUCCUCGACGAACUCGCGCCGCGCGCCGACGCCGGCACACACGCCCGCCGUCUCGAGAAGAAAGCCGACAUCACGGCCAAGCUGUCGUCGUUCAAAGAGAAGUCGCCCGGGCUCGAGGUCGACGACGCGACGCUGAUGGGCGGCGAGGACGGCGGCGGCACCGAGGGGUUCAAGCAGAAGAAGGCGGCGCUGGAGCGGAAAAAGAACGACCGGGAGCUGCGGAAGGAGCAGCUGCUGCAGGCGAGGAUUGCGGAGCGCGAGGAGCGGAUGGCGAUGCAUCGCGUGAAGGAGGAGAGGACUAUGGCGAUGCUGAGGGCGUUGGCGGGGAGGUUUCAGUAG